UUACAAAACUAUCAUGACAUUAUUCAACUCCUCACGUUUUCACUUCAGGAUUUAUUUGAAAUGAUUGUUGAACUAAUUUAUGUUUACCUUUAGAUAAAAUCAUGUCUAGUUCAUAUGAUGACAGGAAUUUGGUGGUACCUAUCACCCCUGUUCAACAGAUGUUUGCAUCAAGUUGUGGAGCACUCUUGACUUCUCUCUUUGUCACACCACUAGAUGUUGUAAAGAUAAGGCUACAAGCUCAACAGAAACCAAUAACAAGAGGGUGCUGCUUCACAUACUGUAAUGGCUUAAUGGACAGUUUAGAGAUAUGUGCCUGUCUCAAUGGGGAGACUAGUACUCUGAAACCAUGGUACAAUAGACAACCCAAGGUUCACCUUAAUGGAACUAUGGAUGCAUUCAUGAAGAUAGCACGUUAUGAAGGUGUCAGUUCUUUAUGGAGUGGACUACCUCCAACACUAGUAAUGGCUGUUCCUGCAACAGUUAUAUAUUUCACCACCUAUGACCAGUUAAAGUACAUGAUAGGCUACAGUGAACAUGAGAAAGACACUUUAUGGAGAGUAAUGUUAGCUGGAUCUCUCGCUAGAAUUGGUGCUGCCACUGCUAUCAGUCCAUUAGAACUCAUCAGAACUAAAAUGCAGUCUCAACAACUAAGCUAUACCCAAAUAGGCCAAGCAGUAAAAAGCACCAUCGGUCAGACAGGCCUCUUGUCUGUUAUGAGGGGACUUGGGCCAACCAUACUCAGGGAUGUGCCCUUUUCAGCUAUUUACUGGUUUGGUUAUGAGUCCAUGAAGUCCUAUAUUAUAAGAACACAGAGCAUAGAACACCCAUCAUUUCUACAAUGUUUCGGUGCAGGAGCUAUUGCUGGUUCAGUAGCAGGGGUCAUCACUCUACCCUUUGAUGUUGUGAAGACACAUAGACAGAUAGAACUCGGAGAGAUAGAGUUAAGAAAAGGUAACAAUGGCAAGCCCACCAGUACCUGGUCACUUCUGAGACAACUAUAUUCUAGCAAUGGAGUCCAAGGGCUAUUUGCAGGUUUAAUUCCAAGAGUAGUCAAAGUUGCUCCAGCAUGUGCAAUAAUGAUUAGCACAUAUGAAUACAGUAAACGUUUCUUCCGGACUUACAAUGAACAAAAAGCUCUAGAAGUGUCAUAAUACCUACUUCAUUAUUCCAUUUCUAGAAUAUAAUUAAUUUAAUAAAUUCAGAUACUAGUCGGAAUGAAGUGCAACAGCGUCUAGUAUAGAUAUCAGCAUAUUAGUGCCCCUCCUUAAUCUAAUGGAUGAUUGCAGCCCAACAUUGUGGUAAGCCACCCAUCUUCAUCUUUGUCCUCCUGGACCGAUGCACAGUGAGAGGUGCUAUGAACAUCAGAAUGGCAGCUCAAGGCAAUGUUGGAAUAAAUUUGUUCUGAAUAGGUCUUGGAGACCUUUCUUUAUAUGAGGAAAACUGUGGUCUUUUUAUCAAAGUCUUGAAUCCUGACUACAUGGUGACUUGACGAGACACUAGGUGUAUAAAAAGAACUUCAAACCUCCUGAUAGAAGUUCAAUGACAAAAAUAAUCAGCUGGACAAGAUUGAAAUAACCAGCCAGCUUGACAAGAUUGAAAUUAACUGGCAUCCAAGAUUUAAGAUUAUUAUAUUCUUAUUCCUAGUGCAUUUUCACAGAGACAUAUUAAACAUGUUUUAUAUGUCUCUGAUUUUCAGUAACAGAAAUUCAAUGUUUCAUCUCAUAAGGCACAUGUGCAUCACAUUAAUGGGGUUGAUCACAAAGUUAAAGCAGUGAGUAGUAGAUAUUAUAUGUGAAACUACAAAUAGUAUAUCUAUCACUUAUUUUCUGAAAUAAAGUACACACUCAGGCAUGUAAUUUCUGCAUGAGAGCUUGUCUUACUUUUACCUGACGGUGUACUUGCUAGUAAUAUAAUGCACUUCAUGUUGGACUUUAAAAUGAUGUUCCUGUUUAUUCAGCUGCGUUACUGUUAUGAAAGGGGAUUAAGAAGUCUUCCUUUGUCUUAGACAGGUUGAGUACAGGCACUUAUUUCUAGACAAGAUUAAAAGAUCAUACAUCAGUGAUCAUACUGUACACCUACAAAUUGCAAUCAAGUUUCUUAAUCCUUUUUCCAGACAGGUAGUUGAUUGAAAAAAUAUGUUUUUAAAAAGAAUCAUGGUUUUCUGUUGUAAUCCCCCUGGCAGUUUGAUUUCCUGAAGAAAAUUGUUACUACAUGUAGACUUGCUUCAAGGUUGUGUAUCCCCCUCCCCCAGUGUACUUCACCUUCACCUUGAAGCACGGUGAAGUAGAUAAGAGGGAGGGGGUCCAGUGGUUACAUGUGAAUGUCAAAGUUGUAUAUUACCACUUAUUAUGUCAGUUUGUAUAAUUAUAUGUUCCACAGUAUUAUUUAGAUAUUUUUGUAACUUAGAAAUUCAAUUUUGAAAUUGAAACCUAAAAAAGUGGAUUUGUCAUGCACCAUUUUCCCUAAAGGCAUGUUCGUUGUAUUAUCAGCAUUUAGUUCUUCAGUACAAAUUAAAAUCAUGAUAAUUAUUAUUCAAAAGCAUAUAAAGUGACAUAAUUGCAUGUAAAAUAUGGGCAUAGUGCAUGCAAUUUUAAUCAUACCCAUAAUCGUGAAGUCUUGCUUCAGCGGUUGUUGAAGUAGAAAAGGGGGUGGGGGGGAAGUCCGGGGGUCCAGGGUCUUGAA